GUAGAGCAACCUUGUGGGGACAUGGUAUGAUCAACAGGUAAGAUCAAUUGAAUGUUUAGCAUGUCUAAAUUAAUAUAUGUAAAUAAAAAAUGCAUGUGUGUAUGAAUGUCCAGAGAAGAAUGUUCAAUAGGUUUUGGCAAGAUGUAGUUUUUAAUACAGUCAGAAAUUCAGUUUCUUUGUUUUGCCUCAGGGCAAUGUUAUGCAGCAAGGGCUACUUUUCAUGGAUCAAAUCAUGCUCCAUGUAGAACACGUAAUAUUAUAGCAUUGUCACCAUAUGAAUGGAUAUUCACAGAAAAUAGACAUUCAAUUAUUCUAUGGAGGAAGUAAUGAUUCUAAUCAGGCUGUUAGGGCCAUUCCUUCAUUUUCUUAGAUCUACUUUCAUGGAUUCUGAGCUGGUUUUAUUUUGGUGGUUUUUGUAUGAAAUGCAGAGUCCUCUACAUGAAUAUGAACAAGAACAUGAAGCUGUAUAGUAUGCCUUCAUAUCUCACAUUGCACAGGGUCUGUGCAAGAGCAGCAAGGACUUGGAGCGAAAGAGGCCAUCCAAGUGGUUGGCUCACCCAAGACUACACAGAGAAGAAAAGGCAUGGACUCACUGCCUCAAACCCAAUCUCAUAUUUUAGAUUAGAUUGGAUUCAACUUUAUUGACAUUGAACAAGUACAGAGUCGAGAUAUUGAGUCACAAUCAUGCAGCAGCCGAGUCCUGCGUGUCUUCCCAACCACCUCAAUAUCACCAAAAUAGUUCUAAUGUACAAGCUACUUGUAUUGGACAACGCCAUGACCACACUGGAGAGAGAACUGCGCCAGUUCACCCAACAGGCCAAUGUGGAGGUCCACCACUUCCUGAGUCAGCCACGUCAUCCCGAUGUGUUUAACUGUGACCACCUGAUCAGGGCUUUGGACGCUAAAUGCUAUGCUAUUGAGAAAAUGUCGUUUGUAUUCAGAAGCCUGAAAACGGAUGUACAAUUCAAAUUCUCCAUGUCCACAAGACAACUGGACAGCCUGUCCCAACCAAGGCUGUUCAGAGAGAAAAGAUUCAUGAUAUGGCCUCAGGUGCUGAAGUUUGGGCCCAUGCUCCAGAAUGUCCUCAUGGCUGGCUCCAUCACCAAGGCAGUAAAGACGCUGUCCCUGCAGCAGCUCAGAAUUUCAUCCUCCUCCUGUUUUGAAGAUGCCAACUUCCAGAAAGAUGUCUUCAUAUGCAGCAUCUCCUCAUUCUCCAGUCUCAAUAAACAAGCAGAGUUGGCCCCAAGCCCAAUUGUCAGCUCAGUCAAUUACGACCUGACCCAAUACAAACAAGCCAAUCAGGGCCUGAUCCAAAACGAACAAGAGAAGAUCUGCAAAGUGAAUACCCAUCAGCCAAAUACAGCCGAGGUUCAAGCCACUCAGUUUAAAGAUGAUGUCACUCACAUCUCUAAUAGAGCACUCAGAACUACCAAUCUAUGCCUACCUGCUCCAAGUGAGCUCCUUCCAGGAGUCAGGAAUAAGCCAGCUACCCAGAAGACAGCUUUGGCAGCACCCCAACAAAAUCCUGGAAGGGAUUUCAUCAGACUGCAGCACCAGAAGCAGACUUCCUCCCAGCUGAUGCACUUCCUGCGAAUCAAAGGCAAGAAAGAUACAAUUAUGGAGUAUACUGCUUCCUUUGACCGAACCAGCUACUGCCAGCACACCACCUCUGGUUCCACAUCUACCACCUUGGCGACAACCUCUGUACCCCUCAUGGAAACUGACGAGAAUGUUCUAGCAACCAAUGGCGGCAUCUUGAAUGAGCUGUCCUCUAAGUGUGCCGACAAACAACUGAAACAAUGUGCCCCUGUCUUCACAGUGAAGCGUGCAGAGUCCGGAGGCUUUCUCCUAUACAGUUGUAUAAUCGCAACAGAGACUGAGCUCUGGGACAUAGGCGACAUCUUGACGGAGGCUACGCAGAGCAUUCCUUCCUCCGACGUCAUCAACACCACCCAGAGCAAGAUGGAUGCUGCUGGUUCCCGCUUUCAGAGUCUUGUAGAAAUCUCUAAUUUGAGCCUCCAUCAGACCGCCCCAUCCAACCACAGCCUACAGAACACGGACGGAGAUGUGAUUGAGAAUGUUCCGGAAGACAUCAAGAAAGCCUGUCAGAACAGCCAGGACGGUUCGUUCAUUAGCCCCGGCCACCAGCUGGGAGUGAUUCCAGAGUUCCAGAUCCGUAAGUUUGAGGAGAUGGCGGUGACUGUCAGUCACGUGGUGCAUCCUGGGAACUUCUGUGUCCAACAUGCUGAUGCCGACCUCAAGCUGGAGCGUCUCGAUGCUGACAGUCUGGAAGACGGCAGUAGUUUAGCGGAGCUGAAGUGUAUUCCGGACAUCGGGACCUACGUCAUGGCCUGGUUCCCCCAACAAGGGAGGUGGUGUCGGGCAGAGGUUUCCAAGAUAUGUGGCAUGAGUGGAGACAACGCUGUUCAGGUGGAGGUGAGGAGGCUGGACUAUGGAGACACUUCCUGUGUUUCUCUACGGAACAUCAAGAAACUUAGUGCUGCAAUGACAUCACUCCCUCUACAGUCCAUACAGGUUGCUCUGGCUAAUGUGAACCCAGUAGACGGGUGUAGCUGGAGCCAGUUGUCAGUAUCCUGGUUCAGAGACAUGGUGGGGAACAGGACACUGUAUGCACGGCUCUACACUCAAGGAGAGGGGGACAUACCCAGGGCGGAGCUCUUCAUGGAGAAGGGAAAGAUGGGAGCUAUGAGGAGAGGAGCCUCUUUGUCUCAGAGACUGGCUCUGAAUGGACAUGCGAAACACGACAGGCUCAGGAAACAGGGCUACAAAAUGAGUAGUGCCCAGGAGCAAAGCAAGAAACGGGAGUCCAUGUGGAACAAACACCUUAUAUCCUGUUAUACCCAGAAUAAGAAGUAUUGAGGCUGAUGGGGGAGUGGCGCUUUAGUUCACCUUUCUCAUCACAUUAAUCAGCCGUGCUGUUGACCAACCUCAUCAUUUUCCCCUUUGGCAUGUUAAAUGUUGAACGCAUUCCUAACUGUACCUUUCUCAAUAAUAAAGUUUAAAAAACUA